UUACUUUUCGUUUUGCGUGUGUGCCUUAUUUUCCUGCAGCAAACACAAACAAGGCACUCUUUCUCUCUGCGCUCUCUCUCUUUUCUCAGAGCCGUUUCUUUCCUAGGGUUUUCCUCUAUCGAAACGCCGUCGUUUCGAUCGAUAACUCGCCAAAAUGAAGCUCACUGUGAAGACUCUCAAAGGCAGCCAUUUUGAAAUUAGGGUUCAACCCUCCGACACCGUUAUGGCUGUCAAGAAGAACAUUGAAGAUGUGCAAGGAAAAGACAAUUACCCAUGUGGACAGCAGUUGUUGAUUCACAAUGGGAAGGUCUUGAAGGAUGAAACCACGCUAGCGGACAACAAUGUUUCCGAAGAUGGUUUUCUUGUUGUCAUGCUUAGCAAGAGUAAAACAUUGAGCUCAUCAGGGGCCUCAUCUACUCAGCCUGCUUCUACAAAUCCACCUACAACGGCACCUACCUCAAUCCCUCCUGCACCUGAAGCUCCUGUACAAGCACCGGCCUCGAAGAGCACAUCAUCUGCUUCAGACACAGGAGCAGCUAAUGCUCCUACUGUUGCCUAUGGACAAGCUGCUUCAAAUCUAGUUGCUGGUAAUACUCUUGAGCAGACUAUUCAACAAAUAAUGGAUAUGGGUGGUGGCAACUGGGACAGAGAAACAGUUACCCGUGCACUUCGAGCAGCUUUUAACAACCCAGAGCGAGCUGUGGAUUACUUAUACUCAGGUAUUCCAGAAACAGCAGAAGUUGCAGUACCAGUGGCUCAAAUCCCAGAAAGUCUGGCAACUGAAACAGGUGGUGCCACUGCACCUGUCUCUGGAGCACCUAACUCAUCACCCUUGAAUAUGUUUCCACAGGAGACACUUGCUGCUGCUGGUGGCGGAGGCGGAGGACUUGGAUCCCUUGAAUUUCUUAGGAACAAUCAACAGUUUCAAGCACUGCGAUCAAUGGUGCAAGCAAAUCCACAGAUAUUACAGCCCAUGCUUCAGGAGCUCGGAAAGCAAAAUCCCCAGCUUUUAAGACUAAUUCAGGAGCACCAUGCAGAGUUUCUUCAGUUGAUAAAUGAACCUCUAGAGGGUUCUGAAGGGGAUGCAUUUGAUCAGCCCGAGCAAGAUUUGCCUCAUGCCGUCCAUGUCACGCCAGCUGAACAGGAAGCUAUUGAACGACUGGAGGGAAUGGGAUUCGAUAGAGCCCUAGUCAUUGAGGCAUUUUUGGCAUGCGAUCGCAAUGAAGAAUUGGCAGCCAAUUACCUAUUGGAGAAUGCUGGAGAUUUUGAGGAUUGAUGAUAUACCUUCAUUGGGUUGAUAGUUUUGGUUUCUUGGAUUCAUUUCUUUCUCCCUUUCUUUACUUGGGUAGUGUUUGGACUAAACUAUGUACUCUAAAAUUCUUUAAGGAAAUUCAUUUUUAUCAAA